AUGACAAAGGAAGGAAAGUUCGAGUUACCGGCACUUCCUGCCGGUUACGUUCUGUCUUCGUUGGAAAUCGAAGAUUACGAUAAUGGUGCCCUAGACGUGCUUGCGCAGUUGACUACAGUCGGAGACGUUGCGAGAGAGGACUUUGAGAAGUUCUUACGGCUGCAGACGGCCACCGAGUACAACACGAUGGUGAUCCGGAACAGAGAGCACCGGGUUGUUGGUAUUGCGACGCUUUUGGUGGAAACGAAGUUGAUACACGGGUUUUCGAAAGUGGGACACAUCGAGGACGUUGCGGUGGACAGUCAGGAGCGGGGGUCGAACCUCGGCAGGUACCUUGUCAGGUACCUGUGUAACCUGGCGAUGUCGCUUGGCUGCUACAAGGUCAUUUUGGAUUGUGACGUGGAGAACGUUGGGUUUUACAAGAAAUGCGGCCUUGCCGAAAGAGGGAUAGAAAUGGAAUAUCGUUAA